CGCAUGGCCAACGUGGUGGAUCAAGAUCAGCAAUGGCUGCUUAGUUGCUUGUCUGCCACACUCGACCCCAACCCAGAGGUUCGCUGUUUCGCCGAGGCUUCCCUCGAUCAAGCCUCUCGCCAACCAGGUUUUGGCAGUGCAUUAUCAAAAGUUGCUGCAAACAAGGAGCUUGCGGUGGGAUUGCGUCAGAUAUCCUUUUUCAUAAUGAUCACAUACUUAUUAUGAUUUUUGAGUCACAACCAAAAUAUUUCCUUUGAUUUUUUAUUUCAUUUUUUCUUUCUGAAAGAAAGAAAUACCUAUUGUGGCAGUUUCACAGUGGAUGUUGAUAUAACAAUCAUUAUGUUAGUUUUCAUCAUUUGGAAGGGAUUGCUAAUAUAUAACUUGCUGUAAUUGAAGGUGAAAACAGCUGAUUUUACAACAAAGGAGGGAAACAUUUUCUUUUGUAUGCAAUAAUGCUAGUCAUAGAGUUGACAUUUUUGUUGUAAUCAAGUUAUCUCGUCUUUAAAUUUACAAAGACAUUCAUGCUACGAAUCUUUCACUCUUUAGAUAUUUCAUUCUUGUAGGAGAAAACAAAAGUUUAAUUUGGGCUUGUCUGUUUCUUUCUUCCAUCCAUCUGUGAAAAACUUUACUAGAGUUACAACUUAAAUGUUUGUGCUAGUAAAUUACUCAUCUGGCUUCUUCCAUGAGCUUAUGAACUUGGAUACUUUAACCUUCCUCUACUUAGCUGCAGUCCUUCUUAAGCAGUUAGUUAAAAAGCAUUGGCAGGAGGGUGAGGAAUCUUUUGAACCUCCUGUUGUUUCUAGCAAUGAAAAGGAAAUCAUCCGCAGAAUGCUUCUAUUGACAUUGGAUGACCCUCAUAGGAAAAUCUGCACAGCUAUUGGUAUGGCUGUAGCUUCCAUUGCAACACAUGACUGGCCAGAGUUAUGGCCAGAUUUGUUACCAUUUCUCCUGAAUUUGAUUAACAAUCAAACAAACUUGAAUGGAGUGCAUGGAGCUAUGAAAUGUUUGGUUCUUCUCUCUGUGGACUUGGAAGAUAAAAUGGUUACAACAUUAAUACCAGCUUUGUUCCCGAGUUUGCUGACAAUUGUGUCCUCUCCCCAGAUAUAUGACACAUACAUUCGAACAAAGGCCCUUUCAAUAGUCUAUUCUUGCACUUCUAUGCUGGGGACAAUCAGUGGUGUCUAUCAGGUUUUGAAGUGUUUGAAUCAGUUCAUUCAGAAUUUUUCAAGCCUCAUUACAAGUGAAUUUGAGGUUAUGUUGGGACCUUUGUGGAAUACAUUUAUCUCUUCUUUGAGGGUUUAUGAGCAAGCAUCUAUAGAAGGAACAGAAGAUUCAUUUGAGGGAAGAUAUGAUUCUGAUGGUUCAGAAAAAAGCCUUGAUUCAUUUGUUAUCCAGCUGUUUGAACUUCUGUUGACUAUUGUGGGUAAUCCCAGACUAGGAAAGGUGGUUGUGGCUAAUGUCAAAGAAUUGGUUUACUAUACUAUUGCUUUUCUUCAAAUGACUGAACAGCAGGUUCAUACGUGGUCUGUGGAUGCUAACCAGUUCAUUGCUGAUGAAGAAGAUGCUACUUAUAGCUGUCGCACCUCAGGUGUGCUUUUACUGGAAGAGGUAGUAAAUUCUUCUGAUAGUGAAGGAGUUUUGGCCAUCAUCGAUGCUGCAAAACAAUGGUUUGCUGAGUCUCAAAUCAGAAAAGUGGCUGGCAAUGCAAGCUGGUGGAGGAUAAGAGAAGCUACUCUUUUUGCCUUGUCAUCUCUUUCAGAACAACUGUUUGAGACACAGGAGUCUGGAUUUGGGUUAAGCAGCUUGAAGCACCUGAUUGAGCAGAUUGUCACUGAGGACUCUCUAAUAGGUCCUCUUGAAUGCCCCUUUUUAUAUGCUCGCAUUUUUACUUCAGUUGCUAAAUUCUCCUCUUUGAUAAGCAGUGGUGUCCUAGAGCACUUUCUCUAUUCAGCAAUGAAGGCAAUUACAAUGGAUGUCCCCCCACCUGUAAAAGUAGGUGCCUGCCGAGCACUUUCCCAGCUCCUCCCUGAAGCGAAAAAAGAAAUUGUCCAAUUGCAAUUGUCGGGUUUAUUUUCAUCCCUCACAGAUCUUCUGAAUCAUGCAUCAGAUGAAACCUUGCACAUGGUACUUGACACAUUGCAUGCAGCAGUAAAGGCAGGUCAUGAAUCGACGGCAAUGGUAGAACACAUGAUUUCUCCUGUAAUCCUUAAUGUAUGGGCAUCACAUGUUUCAGAUCCUUUUAUCAGUAUUGAUGCACUUGAAGUUCUUGAGGCUAUCAAAAGCAUUCCUGGAUGUAUACAUCCAUUGAUUUCCAGAAUUUUGCCAUACAUUGGACCAAUUUUAGAUAAACCCCAAGAGCAGGCUGAUGGAUUGGUAGCUGGGUCAUUAGAUCUGGUAACUAUGUUACUGAAGAAUGCCCCUGCUGAUAUAGUGAAAGCAAUAUAUGAUGUCUCUUUUAAUGCUGUUAUCAGAAUAAUCCUUCAAAAUGAUGACCACAGUGAAAUUCAGAAUGCUACAGAAUGUUUGUCUACCUUUUUAUCUGGGGGAAGACAGGAAAUUCUUGCUUGGGGAUCUGAUUCUGGAUCAACUAUGAGAAGUUUACUUGAUGUAGCUUCAAGACUACUAGACCCCAAUUUGGAAAGCUCUGGGUCUUUCUUUGUUGGCAGUUACAUUCUUCAACUUGUUUUGCAUUUACCAUCACAAAUGGCAGUACAUAUACAAGACCUGGUAGCUGCUCUUGUCAGACGUAUGCAAUCUGCUCAAAUUGCUGCUUUGACAAGCUCAUUGCUUGUUGUUUUUGCCAGAUUGGUACACAUGAGUGUUCCUAAUGUUGGACAAUUUGUUGAUUUACUGAUCUCAAUUCCUGCCGAGGGACAUGCUAACUCCUUUGCUUAUGUAAUGUCAGAAUGGACUAAGCUGCAAGGGGAGAUACAGGGGGCCUAUCAAAUAAAAGUUACUACAAGUGCCCUGGCCUUGUUGCUAUCCAGUAGGCACAAUGAACUGGCAAAAACACAUGUCCAUGGUUAUCUGAUUAAGUCUGGUAUGGGAAUAACCACAAGAUCAAAAGCUAAAUCAGCUCCAGAUCAAUGGGUAAUGUGGCCACUUCCUACAAAGAUUGUGGCUUUAUUGGCAGAUGCAUUAACUGAAAUACAAGAACAAGUUUUGGCUGCCAAUGAUGAGGACAGUGACUGGGAAGAAGUUCAAACAGAUGACAUUGAAAAUGAUAAAAAAUUUCUUUAUUCAGUGUCUACAUCUGCUUCGGGAAAACCCACAUACGAACAUCUUGAAGCGAUGGCAAAAGUAUUUAAUGAGGAUCAAGAUGAUCAGUAUGAAGAUAACCUUCUAAGUGUUGCCGAUCCUCUUAAUCAGAUAAAUCUGGCAAAUUACCUGGUAGAUUUCUUUGUUAACUUCUCUCAGUCUGACAGACAGCUCUUAGAUCACAUUUUUGAGAGCUUGACUCAGUCUCAACGAAAUGCUAUUCAAAUGGUACUGAAGAGAUGAGAAUUUAUCGUGAAAUCACAGGGUGAGUGCUGUCAUAGGGAUGGGUUGAUAUUACCAGGGAGAGUGAAACAAAGGGAUGUUUGGAAACGAAUAUUUUCCAUUAUUCAGCGUGGGGAAUCUGUUUGUUCUGAAGGAUGCUUUCUUUCUGCUGCUAUCUCCCCCCUUAAAAAGGAGCAAACAUCAGUUGGUAGCACAAAAGAGCAUAAGAA